GGAGAACUCGGCAAAAGCACAUUUAUCAAACAGAUGAGAAUCAUUCAUGGUUCAGGAUACUCUGAUGAAGACAAAAGGGGGUUCACAAAGCUUGUGUAUCAGAAUAUAUUCACAGCAAUGCAGUCAAUGAUCAAAGCCAUGGAUACUCUCAGAAUCCCAUACAGCUAUGAACAUAAUAAGGCUAAUGCACAGCUAGUUCGAGAUGUUGAUAUUGAGAAAGUAUCUUCAUUUGAAAACCCUUACGUAGAUGCAAUAAAGAUUUUAUGGAAUGACCCUGGAAUUCAAGAAUGCUAUGACAGACGACGGGAGUAUCAGUUGUCAGAUUCUACUAAAUAUUACCUUAAUGACUUGGACCGUAUAGCAGAUCCUGGCUAUCUGCCUACUCAACAAGAUGUGCUUAGAGUCCGAGUUCCAACUACAGGUAUCAUUGAAUAUCCAUUCGACUUACAAAGCGUCAUUUUCAGAAUGGUGGAUGUGGGGGGCCAGCGAUCAGAACGAAGAAAAUGGAUACACUGCUUUGAAAAUGUUACCUCCAUUAUGUUUCUAGUAGCUCUUAGUGAAUAUGAUCAAGUACUUGUGGAAUCAGAUAAUGAGAAUCGAAUGGAGGAAAGCAAAGCACUGUUUAGGACAAUUAUCACGUAUCCCUGGUUCCAGAAUUCUUCGGUCAUUCUGUUCUUAAACAAGAAAGAUCUUCUAGAGGAAAAAAUAAUGUAUUCUCACCUAGUUGACUAUUUCCCCGAAUAUGAUGGACCUCAACGGGAUGCACAGGCAGCAAGGGAAUUCAUCUUGAAAAUGUUUGUCGACCUAAAUCCAGAGAGUGAAAAAAUUAUCUACUCCCACUUCACUUGUGCCACAGAUACAGAAAAUAUCCGCUUUGUCUUUGCUGCUGUCAAGGACACGAUCCUCCAGUUAAACCUGAAGGAGUACAACUUGGUCUAACUGUGCCUCUUAGGUUUCCCUACUAUACUCCUAUUUGGGCAACUGAAGAUAUUCAAGAAGGACUGUAUUAUCUGUGAAAAUGAUCUGCAUAAUACUAAUUUAUUGCUGGCCUGGACUCUUAUUAAUGUUCACAGAAUUUAUAGUAAAUAUUAUGAUUUUAUUUAAACUUUACAAGAGGAAAAACAAAAGAUGCUGAACUACAUUCGCAGCACAUUUCCUCAUUUUUUUUUAGUCAAAACAUUGUGACUCAAUGUGUUUUAAAUCCUCAGUUGUGCACUCAUAAAGGAUAGGGGCUUGGAUUGAUUUUUUUGUUGUUGUAAGUUGGUUGGUUUGGUUUUUGUUACUGAAGCAAAAUCAAGUUGUUCCUCCUGUCUCUGUCUUUUUAUUUUAUUUUUUAAGGUACAGUUACCUUUUACACGAGCUUCAUUCCUUGGUUUCCUCUGUAGUUAUCAGGUCAGGAAAAAAGCUGUCACUAGAAUUUAAGCCAUCAAUUGUUCAGAUUUUUCAGUAACUACUUUUUAAAAAAAUGAUUGACCAUGUUGAUACUCUCCUUUUUUUUGGUGGAUAUGUCAAAUACAUCUGCUUUUUGGUACUCUCUUUGCACUGAAGGCUGGGAGUGUUGUUCAGUGGGAACAUACAUUAACUGUAGCAGUGUUACAGAUUUUACUUUUAAUUGUACCAUCAAAGCUCAGCAAACUGCGCAGAACACAGCAAAAAAUUGUUAAGACACAGAGUCCUGAGGUAGAAUAGCUUUAUGUUUUUCAAUUGCCAUGUGCCAUUACAUUUUCUUCUUUUCCAGAAUAGUUCUUUUCUUUUCUCCUUCCUUCCUCCCUCCCUCCCUCCCUCCCUCACAAAUGCCAAACAAAUGCCAUGGACACUACAAUAGCCUGGAAUUAGUAGUUUUAAAUUAAUAUACCAUUUAGAUUUCUCAGCCUAAUUUCAGACCUUUUUAUUGUCUGUGAAGUUUCAUGUUGCCAAAUAUGGCUUUUCUUUUAUAAAAGCAUUAUGUACCUUUGAACUGUAAGAUCUUGAUUUAAAAUGCCAAGUUAAUUUAUUCACAAUUUGUUCCAGAAAACUGCCAAAUCUUUGAGCAGCUAGUUUUCAGCUUCUCUGUUCCCUCUUGGUAUUAGGAAGCAUUCCAUUUCAAUGCCAAACAAACAAAAAAAUAUCCCCAAACAAAAACAAACAACCAUGUAAGUAAAAAUGCCAUUUGGUGCUACAUGUACACAUGUAUAUGAUCUACUAAUUCAAAGUAAAUUUUACUUUUAUUGAAGAUGGCAUAGGAUUGCACAGCAGGUCCCCCUCCCCUUUUCUUAAUGCACCUUUAAUUGAAAAAUGCAAGGUUGAAAAUAAAGCAUUCUUGGUAUGGUUCCUUACUUAAUGGAUUUGGAGAUUUCAAAAUGGGAUUUCUUAAGAGUUUUUACUAUAAAUGAAAUGGCUGAAUAAAUCUUAUUGUAAGGAUGCAGUCCUAUGUACAUUUACCUGGGAGGAAGUUCCAUUGAACUACAUUGGAAUUUCUGCUAAGUAGACAUGCAUAAGAUUGCACUACAAGUACACAAAGUUUUAACAAUAAAAUGGGGGGAAAAUACUACACAUGCCUUGAUGAGCAUCUCUUCUUUGCAUCAUUUUUAAGGUUUUGUGUAAAACAACCAUGUAAAUAAGAGUGUUGUUAAGUUGCAGAGCUAUGUAUGAAGGGUAAAGGGGGUCAUAUGUGAAUUGUAGCAAUUUUUCAUAAAUGCCAUGUUGCAGCACUUAAGUAGCCACUAUAGUUCUGUGGCAACAUUUGUGGCAGAGGGGAGAGUAAUAUCACCUUGUUGGUUUACUGACAGACUUUAACAGGGGGUGUCAUUAAUUGAGCAUUAGUUUCAGUGACCUGGCAUAGGAUUCCCAUGUUAAUGAGCAUGGGCGCUACCACAGCAGUGCUUGCUGGAUCAUCUUCAAUGAAUACUAAUGAGAUUUUGUCCUCCCCCCCAAACUUUUCCAUUAAAAUUAAUGAAAUGCUGAAUAACUUCUGUUUUAUCAUGAUGAAACAUCUUGUAAUUUUAAAAUGGUUGUAGGUAUAGUGCAAUUUUGAAUGCUAUAAUCAUUGUACAUACAUCUAUAUGUAUUGUACAUACUUCUAUAUAGAGAUGUAUUGUACAUACAUAUAGAUAUAUUGUACAUACAUCUAUAUAUAUAUGGCAGCAUCCAUAUGGCUUUGUAAUCAUUAAUUUUUGGCAGAUUGAAUGUGCUGUAUCGAUAUGUAUCUAUGUAAUUGUUAAUGUAUGUCUUAUAGAUAAUUCACAAUUUAAAUGUUAUUUUAUUUACUUUUUUAAGAGAAGAAUGUAAAGUUUUGUCAGUUUAUUUCUGACUAGGUUUUUUUUAAAAAAAAUUAUUUACAAAAUGAAUUAUUAUAGUGCAGAGCGGUACUAGCUUCGUGCAGUAUAAAAUCAUUUGCACAACCCUGAUUACUAGAAGUGGACUGAAAAUACACACAAGCGUGUUUCAGUGCACGCAUGCACACAAACACACAUCAAUUGGCGUUUCCAUUUGCGUUUUCAAAGGUUUCCAUUCAGAGGGAGAGCACAGCUUUGUUGGAGUUUAUGCUACAUACUGCUGGAUUGUAUUGUUUCUUGACAAAGAAAAAGGAAGAAUAGUUUGCUACUCUUGCCAUUUCAGGUGGGCUAUCUCACAAACUAUUUGUUUGGGGUUUUUUUACCACUUGCUCUUCCAUCACCAUUUAGUAAUCUCUUUGGUAGCUCUUUUUGGGAAUGUUUUCAUAACUCUUCUAGCUGGUCAAAAACCAUGUGACUAGCAUGUGAUUUUUUUUU